AAACAAAGCCCUUGUGAGAAAGAUGUUAAGGAGAUUGAAACAUGUGGUCCAUCUGCCAUCCAAACAUUUCCGGCUCCAUCCAUAAUAAUUUUGGAACCUCGCAACACCUCGGCGCAAAUGGAGAGUCUUCCAACGCGCGAUAGCCGCUUCCAAGAGAAGAUAAACGCACUACAGAUGCAGUCACUGCAUCCCACACGAGCCACACUGUUGCCUACCGACCAAACAUGCUCUCAUAACUCGCUUGAUCAAUCAAUCGUGUCGUGCAUAGCCUGUGAACAGGCCUUUAGUCGAGCGGGGUGGGGAGAGGGAAAAGCGCUAUUUUUCCCCAAACAGAGAGCCUGUUCACAGGCUAUGUCGUGCACGUCAUUCUUAACCGAUGAACUACAACAAAGACAAGGUACGGGUAAGUUGAUUGCCUAAAUUAGUUUUAAUUUCUGCUUUCGCCCAUUUUCUGCAUUUACCAUACGUAGAGCUUUUAACCUCUGUUAACCUCCCCCUAGUUCAAGGUAAUGCCAGUUUUAUCUAUUGCCCAAUGAAUACUUCACAUAACGCGUUCGCAAUUAAUUAAAAUUAAAAGAAAUAAAAAAUGAAUGAGAAUCCCGGUAAUAAUCUCGUCCCCAGGGCUUUUCCCUCAGUACAUGUGAAAUCCCUGGGGACGAAUUUUGCUUGCGGUAACUACGAUUAUCGUUACUUCUUAUUUGGCCUCAAAAUGACGGUUAUCGUAAUUUUGAGGUCCCUGACCCACACCCCAACCCAUACCCUAGCCCUAGCCCUAACCCUUACCCUACAAGAUGAUAUCAAUCUUCUCUCUAAGGGUAAGGGUUUCUCUAAUGGUAAGUGUCUCGAAAGCAAAUUCAUUCUUUUUAUCUUAGCUACCAAAAAAUAUUACUUUGUCCCAUGCGUGGACCUUCUGCUGGAAAAAUACCGAGUCGAAUUUAACACAAUGUAACAUGGGGGUUAACAUUGACUGGUGCAUACUCAAACGUCCUGUUCCCACGGCUGUCAUUAAGAGUUGGGGGCCGGGUAUUUUCCCUCGACUAUUAUGUACGUGGCUCCGGCUACUUUCUUAGGAAAAUAGAAGAAAAAUAGAACCAAAAGAAAUCCCUAGCUGUUUGAUUCCCCGCGCCGCCUACUUGUUGUAUUUACCCGGCUACUUGAAAUCUUAGUGACAUCCCUUUCCUGUUACCUCGAUUUUCGCUGUUCUUUUGAAACUAGAGGUCCAAAUUGCUUCCACACUUCCGCCGUGGAAAUUCAUCGCUUAAAGCAUUACUUAACCGCUAAUACGGCCACAAAACAGCCGGGCUAAAGUUUGAGCACUUACUCACCCCAUCUAACGGAAUCUCAAUUCUGGAAUCCGGAACCUUUUUGCUUAUGGAAUCUGGAAUCCGGGAAAAUUUUGCUUGUGGAAUCCGGAAUCCGGUAUACAGCUCCACGAAUCCGGAAUCUCACAAUAUUCCAUUAAAGAUUGGAAUCCAGAAUCUAAAAGUUCCACGGACAAAAUAUACUGCGUCUGGAAUACAGAAUCCAAGCCUCUCUUGGGGCUAAUCUUGGGGCGAGCUUACUUUCAAAUUUACCCAGGGGGUGGGCAUUGGGGUAUAAAGCGUCGGCAAGGGAAGCGUCCCUACUCGACGCUAUUCUCUCCGAUGUUCAGCCCUCGAUACGAAUGAAAGUAGUCUGGCCGCACGUUAUAGUGGGCGCUUCUAUGUUGAGAUCAACACUGAAAGUCGAGGCAAACAAAAUUAGUAGGUUUCCAAUGCAAAGAACCGGUCAUAAAUUAUUUGUUUUGUAGCCCAUAUAUGAUAAGAAAAUUUUACGUUAAGGGUUUCAUGUACGCGGUCACCACUGAUGCGCUCGGACAAAUUGCACCCUUAAGUCAUAGAUUUUGAUACGCCUGCUCGGAAACCUUCGGAUGGAUCAAACAGUUUGUCGUUAGAUGUCAUCUUACCUCGAAGUAACGGAGAACCAUACGGCUCAGACGGCUUUAUUUUUGAAGAACAAACACUGGUUCAGUGCAGCAAACAAACACUGAAAUUUGAUUAUUCGUUCCAGUGGUUGAACGAAACUGAAUUUGCAUCACAUAAUCUGUGAUGCGAAAGCAGAAUUCAAUAAUUAUGUUCCAAGCACUUAGUAAUGUGAUCGGUGAGGCAUCAAGAUAAAAGAGAGAGAGAGAUUAAUAUUGCAUUUGCGUUUUGAUGAUGAGUUGUUCCUGAGCUCCUUAGGCAAUUUUCCCUUCCUACCUUUUUAGCAUUGUUUCACGGUCAAACGCACACACUUACACAAACAAGGAAGGUGCGAAGACACGCGUAAAGGCUGAAAGGAGACAGAGAUCUCAGUUCGCUUCACUCGAUUUCUGGAUUUCAGAUUAACGUUUGACUCGGGGCGUUCAUUUAAUAUGAAAUAUGAUCUGAUUCGUCCACCGUAUUAAUUAUUAAUCCCUGGAAUUGUAGCUAGCCCGAAUUCACAUUCAACAAGGGUUCUUUUCUCUCUAGCGUUUUGACAUUUAACUAUAUCAUAAUAGUGGGCAGAAAGAGAGAAAGUAUUGUCGAAAACACCAAAAAUAAAUUAAGUAUUAAAUAAGACACGAAUGCAGUAAAGCUUAUCGCUACUGUCUGCUUUGCCUUGUUAGUUUGAGAACCAGCAGUGAUAAAUGUACCAGCACAGCGGUUGCUCACUCAAAUUGGCGCCAAAAAUAUGAGCGGCAAAGACGCGCGCAUGCUUUCCAGCUUCAUUUAUUUCUGCGCGCCAUUUUACAUUCCGCAUAAUUAUCUAAUUCCGCAAGCCAUGCCACAUGCCUUUCCGCAAACUCAUUCCUCCUUUUACCCUCACCGGUAAGUAAGUUUUUUUAAAAUUAUUUUUGAAGUUAACAGAGCUACAGAAGAAGCACUUUGUUUGAAGAAGAAUCUACCCUUAUUUACGGCCGGCUAUACUACGUUGGGUUAGGAAAGUCCACAUAGUUGAAUGGAGAUUUGAAUUUAAGUCAUUCCCUGUCCGUUCGGUCGUUUCCAUUAUUUGGCAAAUUAAUAGGUCACUGAGUUAGGUACAUUCGCGACCAAGGGCUGAGAUAGAGUCCUGAGCAUACAUCACGUUCAGGGCUUCAGCUCAGUUCUCAGUUUCUUGCGUAUCACCGGUAAAACGGUUAUAGCUGAAGACCAUUUUUAUCGAUGUAAGGUUACAGUUGACUGCAUUUAAGAACCCGGGAGCAAUGCCUUCGGAUGGCCAUCCCGGCAUGUUUGAACUAAGAUCUUUAAGGAGUUUUCUCCGCGGUAAAUGUACACGGCUGGCGAACAAAGAUACAUUUUUAAUAAUUUCUUGCAUAGAACUAUAACUGCCGACAAGAGAGAAUGUGUAAUAAUUUCGUGCAUAGAAUUAUAACUGCCGACAAGAGAGAAUACCUCAUUCUCUCUUGCUGCCGAGCAGUUGUUAGGCAUCUUAUCCCGGAGGGGGGGGGGUACUCCUGGGAAUUCUUUGUGGGGGUGUGCCGCCCGGUUCCUCAAAUCCUGACCUGAUUUCGGACCAAAAAAUGUAAUUUUCCACACCGGUUUUCAGACUAGACCUCUAAAAUCCUUACCCGUUUUGAGACCUGGCCUUUAUACAGAAAUUAUGUUAUCAUUACUUAGCCGUUAGAGCGCAAGAAGAAAUUAUUCAAAUCCAUUUCGAAUUCGCAUAUUUCUCUUUUUUUUCUUACUAAUUUGGAAUUGAAACGAUAAAUACUUUCAUACAUUACGUAGUUCCCUCGAAAACCAUGUCCGAUUCCAGACCAAAACGGCGCAAAAACGCUACCAGAUGGGGCGGCACAUACCGAUAUGGCUUAUAUGAGGGAGUACCUCCCUCCCGUAUCUUACCCGUGGUUUGAGGGCCCUUCAACAGUAGUCGUGUUGGUAUUUCUUCAAUUACUCAAAUUAAAAAAUGCAAAUUCGAAUAGAAUGCAUCAACUCCCUCGAAACGAGCUCGGACCGCAUUUGAAAUGAAAACGUUUCACUGAGGCAAAUUAAAAAAAAAAUAGAGUACUCUAAAAAGCAUAACCUCAAGACUAAUACCACAUGCUACGUUAAGGCCGAUUUGCAUUGCACAAUUUUGGGGCUUGCUUCAUGCAUAACAUGUACCAACAAAGUGAAUUAUACCGUAAAACCAAACCUAGGAAAAUUGCAAGUCAGUUCACGGUCUGAUUCGUCUGUGUCUCUACCACAAUUUGUCGGAGAGGAAACGCUCAGUAUCGCCGAAAAGCUUUGAUAUUGAUACUAAGACCGAGGAGACCUUAAUGGCAGUCUUGACCAACCAGCCUGGCGUUACAAAAUAAAUAAAGGUGCUUUCCGAGUCUUCGAGCAAAACAGGAUGGCAGAAGCGCAGUUUAAAGUAAUUUUAUUGCCACCUGCUUAAGAAAUUCACCAGUGUCCGGAAUGCGGCAAGGCCUUCCGUGCACAUCAUAGAGGACACACCACACUAAAUCCCUCUCCUCAUAACGUUUUUGUUCACGACGGACGAAGAACAACAAAAUGAUUCGAGCCAUGGGCUUUCUCAUUAGACAGAGCCAGUAAGCCGUGUAACUCGGUCUUCAUAUCGGUAUUUUUCAUACCUUUCGUUAGCGUUCACCCACGGAACGCAAUGUAAACGGUGUUAAUUCCAUGCUUAGCUUUUCCUACUGGCCGAUCCGCACCCUAGCAUUUAUUUUAUUAAAGUUAUAGAUAUAAACCAAUUCUCGAAUCCUCAAAAGUACCCUUUGUUUACCCUCCCUCCCCCCUCCCCUCCCCCAAAAAACAAAAUUGCAUAAACUGUUGUUUUCUUUUAUGUUCCUGGAAGACUCAAAUUUUGCAAAAUGUACUGUUCUAGUUCAAGUUCUAGGUCAUUACUGCUUCCUUUGCGGACAUCUACAAGCGCUCCUGUAGAUUCAUUGUCUGUCGUCUUGAAUAAAUUUAAACAAACUCAACCGCGGUUUCUUCCAUUGGCAUUUUUUUCACUUGUUUGCGGCCCCCUGAGAAACCACGUGAUAUCGCUUUUAUCCCAUCAGUCCUUAAGCGUGUGCAAAGAUGGCAGGUAUCCUGAAUAAGGUCUGUUAUCCGUGUUAUAAUGGUAGCGUUCUCGUUGUAAUUAAAGUGAAACCCUGCUUUACGGACACCCACUUAAUACAGACACCUCAUUAUUACGGACAGUUUGCUUUGUCCCUGGGGUAAGAAAGCCCUUUUCUUUAAAGUUAACCCGCUUAAUACCGACACUUUUUAUACCCCCCGCCUCAGUGUCCGUGUUAACGGGUUUGACUGUAUCAUGCUUUUUAGUGUCAGCUUUAUUUCCAACUCACGAAAAUCAUCCCGAAAUAUGCCGACAGCACUCUCUUCGAGGUAGUUCAAACCUCACGAAUAUCAGUCGAAAAGCAGCUAUUGGAUUGAGGUUUAGACUCCCUUUAAUGAUUUUGGUGGAAACGUCUCUACGUAUUGAUAACUACGGCCGGUAGUAGUUAGGCAUGCUUCAAGCGUCGUGCUACUGCCUUGUCGAACGAGAUUGACUGUGUGAAAUUCCACUAAAGCACGGCCUUAGUUUAAAGUCUGAAACCAAAUCGUGCUAAAUUGACGUGUAGCACCACAAGUUUCGUCUGCUACACGGCAGUAGCACGAUCUGGUUUCAAACGUGGUGUUACUUCCGUGCUGAAUUUGAUUUAUAUCUUAUAUAUGCGUGAGAAUUAUCAUAGAAACAUUUUUAGAGCUGUUUAAACCGUUUUUUUUUUCUAUCUUUUGUUUUCGACAACCGCUACUUUAUUCAAUUGAAAUUAAUUCAACGUCUGAAACCAAGUCAUGCUAGAGUCGUGUUAGUAAGAGUAGUCGUGCUACAGUACGUUGAGCUAGAUUACCGCUGCAGGAGUACCACGUUUGAAACGGGUCUAAAAUAGGUAAUUUUGGGCCAUUUUCAUGUUUUUUUUUCUCGUUUUUAGAUUUAUGGACCCGAGGAAUGGCAAAAACAAACUAUCAAAGGAUCACCAAUACUACUCAGGCAGAAAAUGUCAGCUUUUUCUCCACUCUUUUAUUCCGAUGGAUGAACGAUGUUCUAAAGUCUGGAAAUGAACGGGCUAUCGAUGAAAAUGAUUUUUUAUCUCUUAACGAAGAAUGCACCGCAUGCUUUUUGACAGAGCAGCUUCAGUCGAAAUGGACAGAUGAAACAGCUAACAGCAAAAGACAUGAUAAACAACCAAAACUUUGGAAAAGUGUGUUGAAAAUGCUCACCACCAGGGAAGCAAUGAUCCUCUUUGUAACUGCUACGGGGCUUCUAUUUUGUCGCGUUCUCCAACCACUGCUACUUGGAUAUCUCGUCAAAUCUCUGAUGACGGCAGAGCUACAGUAUCAUUUUCUUCUCUAUGGCUGUGCUUUAGCACUCGGGAUCAAUGAAUUAAUCGGUUCUCUCUGUUGGCACCAAUUUGACUACCGCUGUGAGGUCUUUGGUAUCAGAAUUAGUAGCGCCAUUAAAGGAAUAGUGUAUAUAAAGGUAACGAAGAAAACAAAAACACGUGACAAGUAGGGACGUUAAGGAAUAUUUACAGCACUAGGCCCUGUGCAAACGGACGCGUUAUUGUUGGCCACCAACUUACAACAUUGUUAGAUGUUACAUGUUCCGUCUGUUUGCACACCCUCUUGUAUGUUGUUGCGUUCGUUUUCACGUAACCUUAGCUCACAAUCACCCCCCUCUCUAAUUGUUAGGCUUUUCUAUUUCCUUCACUAUUACUCCAUUCUUCCUAUUUUCCAUCAUUUUUUUUCGGGCUCAUCCUGACAGAUUCUUUUACUUGAGAAUCACUUUUUUUUUCAGGGAAUGAGCAGAUCACCGAACGCCUUCAAAUGUUAAAUUUUAGCGCCAAGAUUCAGUAUCAUUCUUUACAUCACUCCGUCAAUCACAAACGUGUCGUCGUCGACAAUUGAUAUGAACCACCUUCUCUAAGGGUUGGGGAUUGUUGUAAUCACGCCCUACUCCUUGGUUUUGUUUUAUUUCGGUUUUUUGUUUGUUUGUUUGUUUGUUUGUUUGAUCUUUAAAUUCAAGGUCUAAUCAAUCAACACUCAAUUAUUUGGUUAAUCCUUGACCCUUCACCAUAUAACCUUCUUUUUAUUGCUUCUGUAAAAUGUUUGAUCUUUAAAUUCAAGGUCUAAUCAAUCAACACUCAAUUAUUUGGUUAAUCCUUGACUCUUCACCAUAUAACCUUCUUUUUAUUGCUUCUGUAAAAUAUUUACUGGGAAUGCAUGAUUUUUUUUUUGCAGACCCUUCUCGUCAGCAAGGAUUCAUUGCUAAGGAUUUCAACUGGCCACGUGAUAGAUCUCGUAUCGAACGAUGUUCAGCGAUUGGAAGGCGAAACCUUCAUGUUAUUGUUCCAUGCAGCUCACUUCUUCUUAGAGUUUUUAAUAGUAACAUUUUUCGCCGUCUAUUUUGUCGGAUGGCAGGUUAUAGUGGGAUUUAUCUUACUGAGUAUUCUUCUGCCGUGCUUUAGUGGACUGUCCCAUGGUGGGGCUGUACUGCGUCUGCGUACAGCAGCGGUUUCUGACCGCCGCAUCUCGUUGAUCAACCAGGUUGUGUCUGGAAUCCGCGCCAUCAAAACAAACGCAUGGGAAGAUGAAUAUAGAAAAAAGAUAAAGAACGUGCGGAGGUAAGAAAAAUUUCAACAAGGCCACCACUGAGCUAUUUCUUACGAUAAAUAUGCACAUCGUUAACCUGGCAGCCAUUUUUUUUUUUCUGUCCUAUGACAAAUCCAUGGGAUUUUGUUUUUUUACCCCAUUUAAGAUGAUCCGGAUUCAGAAAUUCGAGAAUUUUAAUUUUUGUUUUGGAAUCCGGAAUUCAAGCUCCACUGACAACUGAAGGAAUCCUGCGUCCAGAACUUAGAAUUUGGAAUCGACAUUGAUCGAAUCUCCUUACCUAGACUUUUUAAAAGUUCUUAUGAUUGGCUAUGCCAUUUUAAAGGACUUUUCAUAACUGUUUGUAUAGGUAAUAGCAUGAUUUGAAGUGAUAGUUGGCAUAAAUACCACGAGUGAUAUUUCGAAAUUGUUAUACGUAAUUUCACGAGCGGUUAGGCGAGAGAAAUUUGAGACAAUUUUGAAAUAUUACGAGUGGUAUUUAUGCCAAAUAUCACGUACAAAUCAUGCUAUUAUUUGUUUAUACUACUACCCGCAAAAGGUUUGUAACUUUCACAUGUAGGUAUUUCAAAUUAAGCUGAAAUGCCACCGCUCUAAGCCAAUCAGAUUGCAGAAAUUUCUCAUGUAGUAGUAGAAGGCGCGAAAUUCACCGGUCGAAAAUUCUAUCGGUGACGUCAUGAUAAUUGACCAAUAGGACAGUUAGUGAUAUCUCACGCCGCUCCCGACACAGCAUAUGUCAAUCAUUUUUUCCCGCGUGAAUUUAUAAUUAUAUUAACAUUCAGAUCCAUUCAGGCGAAACAAGUCGACCUCGAGACUUCGUCACUCGCUCGGUCGCUGUGCGACCUCAUGGAUUGAAACUCACUUCGCUCACUUUCUGUAAGAACUUAUGAGAGGUCGACUUGUAGCAAGUCUACCCCUGACCUUACAUAAGGCGAAUUUUUGUUUCAGCAAUGAAGCCAACCGCUGCGGUUUAACCAGCCCCAAGUGAUAUCGGUAUGGGUGAAAUGCUGGCUUUCCAUCCUUUGAUCCUGAACACUGUUCUGUCGCUCUUUGUAAUAAUCGUCGUACUUUGUAAUACCUGUCGCACAUUGUAAUAACAUUUGUCACACAUUGAAAUAAAAAUCUGUUUAUUACUUCUCCUCCGACCACCCAUUUAAGGUUUACAAAGUGCGACAAGUGAGGGUCACAAGUGUUAUCACCUAUCAUCAUUAUUGUAUCAGUAUCAAUACUAGUAGAAACCGAGGUCUAAAACAACUAUCACGAUUAAUUUCGAAACGGGAAACAGGAAAUAAUAUAUCGAUAAGAAAAAUAAGUCUGACAUCUCAUAUCUGUUUUCAUUAAAGUGAUGAAAUCCGCUGGAUCCGUAAGAAAAGUGGCAUUCUGUCGUGCAUUGCUGCUGUGGAAUAUAUUUCAACGCCAAUGGCGUCCCUGGUGACUGUCAUCACUCUUGUACUAACUGGUCAGCCUCUGACACCAGUUAACGUCUUCAUGUUACUCUCCUUUAUCAAUCUGCUAAGAAUGAGCGUCAGUAUGGGUCUAUCCUAUUUUUGCCUCCUUUCAUACGAUGCCUACGUCUCACUCGGUAGAAUACAAGACUUCCUCCAUUUGAAUAAUCUAUCACCAGUGAACGCCACUGCAAAUCAGCGAGAAGGAACUGAAAAAGUGAUUUUUCCUUCCAUCGUAGCAGAACCAACAGAACCAACUAUCUUACGGGUCAGAAACUUGACGCUACGCCGACAGCUUGAUCAGAAGGAUGAGUCCGUCUUGCAAGGUGUCAGUUUCGUCGCUAGAAAAGGAAGUUUAAUAGCUAUAACCGGAUCAGUGGGCAGUGGCAAAUCCACUCUUCUGUCAGCAAUUGCUGGCGAGAUACCAGACGAAAGCGGAGCCAUAACCUUCAAAGGAACUGUUGUUUAUGUGCCACAGAUUGCCUGGAUAUUCUCCGGAACUAUUAGAGAAAACAUUUUGUUUGGCGAACAGUACGAGAAAUCCAAGUACGACAGAGUCAUUGAAGCUUGCGCCUUGACCCAAGACAUUCAGGGUUUCCCAGAUUUUGACCAGACAAUUGUUGGAGAGCAUGGUGCGGUUCUAAGUGGAGGCCAACGGGCAAGAGUAAACUUGGCACGCGCAGUCUACGCCGAAGCAGACCUUUACUUGAUGGAUGAUCCCUUAACUGCUGUGGACUUUAAAGUUGGCCAUCACAUCUUUAGGGAAUGCAUCAAAGGCUUACUGGGAGAGAAAACCAGGUUGAUAACUUCCCAUCAAGAAAGGAUCAUGCGCGAAGCCGAUGACGUUAUUGUAUUAUCUAAAGGUCGGAUAUUGGGAGAGGGAAGUUUCACUGAGCUGAAAGAAAAUGGUAUUCUGAAUACAACUGUCGAUUCGCCGUAUUGGCAAGUGAAAGAAUCUGAUGAUGGAAUUGGAAAGGAAUUCGAAAGUGAACAGGAGAAUCAAAUUGCUGACUUGAAAGGUACAACUGCACCGCAUAACAUGGAGGGCCUGCAGCUAUCGGAAGAAGAUCGAGCUAUUGGGGUGGUGUCACCUAAACUUUACUGGAACUACUUCAGAAGCGGAGUACCUUUGCUGGUUAUCAUCGCAGGAAUUUGUUUUUGUUUUAUCACUCAAGGUAACGUGCAGAUUGUAGACCUUAAACUAAUUGACACACUAUCUCCAACGCGGCUUGUAAGAACAUAAAAAUGGAUAAAAUAUCCUUAAAUUUUGUUCAAAAAAAGUGUAAAAUAAGAUAAGAGGUUUAUCACUCUAUCAGAUGACUUUUGCUGUGUUUACACUCAAGCGUUUACCAAGGUAAACAUUAACUGACUAAACCCUGGUACAUUUGUACCGUGUUUAUACGGGCUCAAAUAACUAAGGUAAGUCUGUCAUCAAUCACAAUCUAAUCGAAUUGGCGGCAAAUUCUAAAUCCACGCAUAAAUGCUCGCGUUUAAAAGAGAAGCUGUGGCUCUUGUAGUCGUCGCGUUUUAUUUUCUUGUUCUUGAUCAGCAAACCCAGGAAUCGAGUUUGCAGCAGCUCUUACUUUUGCAGCACCUAAAGAGGUGGAGGCGAAAGCGAUUAAUUCUGCUACAAAUUGCCCUUCGCAAGACAAGGCGCGUUAGACGUGCGUGGUCGUGGCCGAGAAACCAAUUCUGGUUCGAAACUCUAUUAAACGGAAAUUUUGUUGAAGAAUGGUGUGUCUUUUGUGUCUUUGGUUUUUGCCAUAACUUCUUCGUAGACCGAAACCAAACGUGGAAACCUGGUCGAAAACCUAGUCUCGAAAACCUGGUCUCGAAAACGUGAUCGAAUGAGCCUGACGCAAUCCCGACACCACAGGAUUUGAAAUUCUACGCGACCGCAAGCGGAUGUAUCUGUCAUCCAAACCUUGGUUACCGACCUUAACCAUGCCUUUUCGCAGGGCAAACCGAACUUUUACCUUAGUUAACUUUCUAUUGUCUUCAGCGGUGUUUACCAGGGUAUCAGUUGGCGUUUACACACGCAAAAUAUUUACCUAGGUAAGUUAACUCCAAUACCUCGGUAGCACGCUCAAGUCUAAACACGGCAUUUGAAUAGCGAAUAGAUAUCUAUCGCUAUUUGCCGGAUGUGCUGAAAAAAUGAUUAUAGGCGGAAUACCUUGAAUUUGGUUUCAUGCACUUUUUCAGUUCCUCAGUAAAUUUACUACUCAUAGAUCAAGCAGAAAGAAGUCGCUAGGAACGCAGUGAGAUUAAAAAUACCUAUCCACUCUAUUGGCGAAUUGCCAGUGACAGUGAUUUACCGACCACUGCUUAUUCCUAAUUCACCCUUUUAUCUGAUUAAGGUGAUUUUGUUAAGAGGUUUAUUAUGUCAUUCUUCUCCUGUCUUCUGUUCAGCAAUCUUGGUUUCCUGCGAUCUUUGGCUGUCGUUUUUGACGACAAAGCGUGUGGAGGAUCAACGAAAUGCGAAAAACCUUAUCAUCUUUGGUUCUCUUGUUGGGGCAUCUUUCAUACUUCUCCUCGUUCGAGCGUUCAGCUUCUAUCUGGUAUCGUUAAGAUGUUCUGAACGACUCCAUGAUAAAAUGGUUAUGGCUAUUGUACAAGCGCCGGUCCUUUUCUUCGAUUCAAAUCCCGUAGGACGAAUCAUGAAUAGGUUCUCUAAAGAUGUAGGCUGCAUGGAUGAACUACUACCAGAAACAUUUUUGAAAUCCAUCCAGCUGAUUUUGUUGAUGUUGACGUCUGUUCUUCUACCAACUGUCAUAAAUCCUUGGACUCUGCUUAUUAUUGUACCAAUAACUGUGUUGGCCGGACUUAUUUCAAGAUAUUACUUACGGACAUCCAGGGAGCUACAAAGGUUGGAGUCUAUUUGUCGUAGUCCUGUUUAUUCUCACUUUUCAGAGACGUUGAAUGGACUGGGGACUAUUCGGACAAGGAAAAGGCAGAAAGAUUUUGUGGAUAAGUUUUGCAGGUAACCACUACUAGAACUAAAAAUACGUAAAUCGUAGGACCUCGAGGAGCACAUUGGGGGGAAGGGCAAGAAGUAGGGAGCAAGGGAAAUAGGGCAAGAGGGAAGAUAAUUUUUAAAUGGAAAAAACUAUCGCUCUCUAAAGAAACAAAACAAAACAAAACUACAAUAACUAAAAAUACUAAACGAAAAAAAGAAGAGGGAAAGAAAAAGAGGUUCUUCUGUCCGCAAUCGAACUCGGGAUCUUCUACGCACCGGGCCACGAUACGUACAUCGUUGCCACUGCGCAAAAAUUAACACAACAGGUGGCCCAAACUUACGUAAUGAGGGAAGGGUGCAAAGUAAUCACAUACCAUAGGUGACCGGACACUGGCGCGUCCAGCGCAAAGGUCAACUCGGUUAAAUUUCGUGCGUAUAGGGAUUCCGUUCACACGGAUCUACCUAAUCCCUAGGAAAAUUUAGACGCCUAGCCGUUCAAAGUUCCCCGUGAACAGAGGAAAAAUUAAUCUGGUUCCGUGUGAACGCCCAGGGGAGGGGGGGUACUUGGGUUAAUAUUUGCUGGGUAUGUGCUGCUUUCCUCUAGGAGCCCCUACCCCAUUAUUUACUCUGUUCUGAGGCCUAUCCUAGACCCCAUGCAUCUUAGUCGCUUUUGGGCAAAUAUGUAAUUUUCGCGAUCCCAACUUAGUCACUUUCUAUAUAUGUAUCUACCCAAGAGCCAUAAUAGCUCUUGAUUUACCUUAUUAAAAAUAGGUUAUCCUAAAAUGACCCCUAGGCGGAGAAUUUGCCAAUGCCCGCUUACAGAAACUCGUUCACAACAAUGUAUUUUCAAAGACCUCAACAUUUUAACAUUUUAAUGAACCUGUGUUAAUUACGAAAUGCCAAUUUUGUUUGUUUUUUAGUUAUCAAGAUGUUCACACCCAGUCGUUUAUCAUGGUAGUUGCCAGUCACCGUUGGCUUGGUGUUCGCUUAGAUUCUCUCUCCGCUUUGUUGACUGGUGUAGUGGCUCUUGCUGCGCUUUUUGUGUCUCAAGAUGCUGGUAAAUAUAAUCUUAUUUUAUGAAAGCAGAAAAUGGGUGAUUUGAUUUCUUACACUUGAUAAAUUUAACAGAGAGGACCACGAGUCUUUUCCAUAUGUACACGGUGCCAGUUAAUGCGCCACACCUGAAUAAAAGUAUAAUAAUUUUAAUUACAAUAAUAGUCAUAUUUAUUGCUUGAUAUUGCGCAAAUUAACAUAUUAAAACAUGAUCAUAUGCACUCUACAAUAUAUAAUACUAUUACUAACAAAGCUGAAUAAAAAUGUACAUAUUAUUGAAUGUAUCCUAUAAUUUUCUGAAUGAUAUUAAAUAAAUCAAUGGAUCCCUCUUACAUCGAAAAGAGAAUGAAUAUUUUUCGCAGACGUCACACCCGAAAUCACUGAGGACCGCUGGGAGCGAAGUUGAAGCUAGAGUAGUUUAGGCUUAACAAGAAAACAUAAAUAUAUAGAUUAAGCCAAGGCUAAAGGUGAAGAUUUUGUAAAUAAAUUUAUAAUGUACUUCAAACAAUAAACUUGGAAUUCAGCCGGCGAUCGGUUGAAAACCAGUAACUUGUUAGUCGAUAACUUAAAAAAAACACGCAGCCUCGACGAUUAGACGGCCUGUUCCUUGAUACAGUCCUUUGGUAUUGGUCAGCGGAUACCCUCUCUUGACAGCUGUCAUUUGAUCAUAACAUGGAUGCGCAAUAUCAAGUUGCAGGCUCCCUGGCGCCUUUUGUUACGGACGGGCGGUCGGAAGGACGUACGGUCACGUGACUACCAAAAAUUUCUCGGAUAUUUAGAAACCAAAUUCGGCUAUGAAGCGCGCAAAUUAGCCUUGCUUUUGCGUUUUUGCGUCAAUCCAAAGUGAAUGUGAAUGCCUUCUCGUUUUCCGUAAUUUUGGUAAAUUUCGCUGUAGCAAAUUUUAAUUAAGGAUUACGCACAUCUCUGAGUCUUUUAUUUGUAUGAAAUGGAUGGACGCGCUUACGCGAUUAAGUAAAGUUUUAUAAAGUAUUCUAAUGUAUUUACAAUUUAUGAUUUGAGUUCGGCACGGCGGUACUGAUGACGUUUGAAACUAAGUCGUGUCGCAGUCGUGCUGAAAUCGAAUGUAAUUCGAUCAACUGAGUUCUUCACGGCAGUAGCACGACGUUUGAAACAGAUCUUAGGUUUGCUGCAUAAAUAGGGUCAGCAUGUGGGCUAUAACAUCACAUUUAGUGAUAAUACGUUUAUCAAUUUCCAUUUCAGUUUUCGCUGGUCUUGCACUUGUUUACGUAGUGCAGUCUGUAACUCUGACGCAAUACACUGUCCGGAAGUCAUCCAAGGUGGAAAAUUUAAUGACGUCAGUGGAGCGAGUUAUGACCUACACCGAGGUUGAAUCUGAGCCUGGAUACCAAGUGAAACAGAAUCCCCCGGAAAUGUGGCCUGAUGAAGGAAAUAUCGCAUUCAAAGACGUAUACCUGACUUACUAUCCGGGGGGUCCCCUAAGUCUAAAGAAAAUCACAGUUAACAUCAAUGGAGGAGCCAAGAUUGGCAUUGUAGGACGCACGGGCGCAGGGAAAUCUUCUUUUGUGGCUGCACUGUUGCGCAUGCCUGAAGCUGAUGGAGAUAUAUUGAUUGAUAAUGUUAGUAUAACAAGUCUGAAUCUUCAAAAAUCUCGGCGAGCAAUAAACGUUCUUGGGCAAAAUCCUGCUCUCUUUAGUGGAUCGGUAAGAAGAAAUCUUGAUCUGAUGGGACAAUUUCAAGACGCAGAACUUUGGCGAGCUCUGGAACAGGUGCAGGUGAAAAAUCUUGUAGAGAAAUUGGAAGGUCAGUUGGAUCAUGAAUUGCUGGAGCACGGUGCAAAUUUAAGUGUUGGAGAACGGCAACUUAUUUGCUUGGCUCGCGUUCUGUUGCAUCAAAAGAAAAUCGUCAUCUUGGAUGAGCCAACUGCCCACGUUGAUCCAGACACAGAACAAACAAUCUGGAAGACAGUGCGUGAGAAGCUGAAGGAUUCCACGAUUAUAACUAUAGCACAUCGUUUAGAAACAGUAAGUGACUGUGACAAGAUUUUAGUUUUGAAAAAUGGAGAAGUUAAUGGGUUUGAUAGAUUUGAUAUCAUUAUGAAAGCGAAGAAGUCACUUGAUCCAAGUGAAUAG